AUGGCAGCGCAAAAGGUCUGUCUCAUAACUGCUGGCUCAGCCGGCCUUGGAGCACAAAUAGCACGCGUCUUGGCGCCAGACUUUCGCGUCGUCGUCAACUACGCGAACAACGCCCAACGAGCCCAAUCCCUCCUCGCUGAGCUCUCCCAGGUCCCAGCCACCACGCCUUCCGAUGUCGAGCAGAAGCAGCCUCGGUUCCAUGCCAUCCAAGCGGACAUGAGCGAAAAGUCCGCGGUACAGGGCCUCGUGCGUGAAACGCUCUCCACUAUGGGCCGGCUCGACGUUGUUGUCUCGAAUGUUGGCUGGACACGGAUGACAACCUUCGCCAACCUCGACGAGGGCACGCUGGACGAGGACUGGGACAAGUGCUUCGUGUACAACGUCAAGACCCACCUCUGGCUUAUGCAUGCCGUCCGGAGCGCGCUGGACGAGAGCGAGGGCUGCUUCAUCAGCACGGCGUCAGUGGCUGGGGUGAAACCGAGCGGUAGUUCACUGCCGUACGCGGUAACGAAGGCGGCGCAGAUACAUUUGGCGAAGAGCUUGGCGGUUAUCUGCUCGCCGAAGAUAAGGGUGAACUCGGUGUCGCCGGGCAUGCUGUUGACGGAGUGGGGAAUGAAGUUUCCGGAGAGUAAGAGGGAAGCUGCGAUAAAGAACACGAAGCUAAAGAGGCUGGCGACUGUAGAGGAUGUUGCGAAUCAAGUACGGACGCUGGCACUGAGCAUGUCUGCAACAGGCCAGAAUAUAGUCAUAGAUGGUGGUUCAUCUUUAUAG